AUGGAAAGUUUAAAAAACACCAUAGGACAUUAUGUAUAUUUUAGUAUCGAAGAAGGUUUAAAAGGGCAGAUCACAGAAGAGUAUACUGAAAAUGUUAUUUCUUUAUUAUUCAACAUUGAUGGGUUACCACUAUUUAAUAAUUCAAAUCAACAAGUUUGGCCCAUAUUAGCCUUAAUUAUACAUAAUGAAUAUCAAUCUCAACCGCUUAUUGUGGCUGUAUACAGCGGCGAUUCUAAACCUAAAACUGUAGAAGAGUUUUUGAAUGAUUUAGUUGCUGAAUUAAAUACAUUGAUUUUAAAUGGAGUGACUAUAGGAAAUAGAAUAUUUAAAAUUGAACUAGUUGGGUUUUCUUGCGACACACCGGCUAGAUCAUUUAUUAAAAAAUGUAAAGGCCAUGGAGGUUUUUAUGCAUGUGAACGCUGUGAGACAAGAGGAAAAACCAAAAAUAAAAAGAGGGUCUAUCCUAGUGUAAUUUCUAGAAAACGAUCAAAACGGUCUUUUAUAAAAAAAACGCCAAAAAGAGCACCAUCUAGAAGGCAUUUCACCAUUCUUAAAUAUACCAAACUUCGACCCAGUAAAAUUGGUAUUUUUAGACUCAAUGCAUUUAUUAUACUUGGGAAUUACAAAAUGGUUAUUGCAGCAAUAUAUAAUACGAAGAGGGUAAAUCGAGAAUGUAAACUAAAACUACCUAGACGUGCCAUUAAACAGUUAAAUUUAAAUUUGAAGAAAUCAGUUCAAUUAAUACCUAAAGAAUUUCAGAGGAAAAAGUUGGAUUUAGAUAAAUUUAGCUAUUGGAAAGCCACUCAGUUUCGUUUUUUUCUACAUUAUUGCGGACCAUUAGUGCUUCAUAAAAUUUUGCCCAAACAAAUGAACAGACAUUUUCUACUCUUGUUUGUCGCAUGUAGAAUACUGUGUGACUCGGAAUUAUACAUCGAGAAUAUUAACUAUGCAAGAGAGUUAUUAGUAAAAUUUGUUGAGCUUCUUCCAUCUUUUUAUGGUGUUGAUUCUCAAGUUAUGAAUAGCCAUAACCUUAUUCAUAUUGCAGAUGAUGUAGAAAACACGAAAACAUAUUUAUCUAACAUUUCGGCAUUUCCAUUCGAAAACUGUUUAGGUAAAAUUAAAAGGAUGAUUACAGGAAGAACAAACCCCUUGGUACAAUUGGUCAGAAGAGUAUCGGAGCAAAAAGCAUGCCCAGAAAUGGCUAACAAAAAUUGUAUACAUAAAAAAAAAUCUGUAAUUUUUUACAAUGAUAUUUCUUAUGAACAUAAAUUUGAUUUAAAAAGUAUAAUUUUUCGAGGUGUUGAAUUAAAUACAUCAAAACCUAAUAAUGUUGUAAAAAUUAAAACUGGUGAGAUUCUUUUAAUUACAAGGAUAAUUAGAUGUGAGGAACGCAAUAUUAUUUUUCAUGGAAAUAUUUUUAAAGAUGCAACUGACGCUUUUGAGUUUCCCUGCCAAUCAACAAAAAUUGGAAUCGUGAAAUUAGGACGAUUAUCAAAAACUGUAAGAGUGGUUCUUUUAGAAAAUGUUCUCAAAAAAUGUGUUCUUUUUGAAAACAAAAAUGUGUUUGCUGUCACAUAUCUUCAUGAAUCUUAA